AUGUCGCCCUGGGGUCCGUCCGUCCUGGGAAAGAAGAAAGCAGCUGCACCUGUCCUGCACUCCAAUCCACAAACCAUCAUGGAAAGAGCUAUAAAAUACUUCAAGUCGGGAUCAGAAGCCAAAGUGAAUGGCGUUUGUGGGUUGAUUAUACUAACGAGUGUAAUCGUUUAUAAAAUCUUUGAAUUUAAGUGCCCAUGCAUACCAGGCUUCAACAAACCUUAUGCUCUGAUGGUCUUGCUGGCACCAUCACUGAUCUUCUUCUUUGUUGGGGUUCUUGCCAACAAGUUUUGUGGUUUGUUCACAAUAGAGUAUUCUAGACCUGAAGGUGGCAGAGCGAAAAACAAGAAAGUUUUAAAUUCCUUUGCACAGCUGGGUACACUCAGUGCUUUAAAGGUAGUGAAUCUUCAAAGUAAUAAAUGGUAUUAUGCCAUUGUCGUACUGAUUGCAUCCUCAUAUGACUGGCAACCUGUCUACUUGUCCUCGAGUCACUAUGAGACCCUUGACCCUGACCAGUAUGGGGGAUUUGCAGAGUUCCCUGAGUUUGACGCCUCAUUCCUAUUGGCUAAAGUGCCCUGCAAGAACUUUGACCUGCUCCGCAGAUCCUCAACCAGAAAAGCAAUAUCCAGGUUUCUCAAAUUUUUAUCACAGGGUAUUGGCUAUAUAGCAGUCCUUACAAUUAUCCUGAUCGGUGCUUUAGCACGUUUUGUGCUUCCACUUUUCACCACACAUGAAGCUCUGCAGUCCCGCUACUGGACCAAGUACUCGGACAUGGAGGAUAAAUGUUUUGAGGAGAUGUGUAUUCUGCACAAUUAUAAGGUUGCUGAGAAGUGUGUGAAGAGUUACUUUGAAGGGACGACAAAGGAAAGAAAAGAGGAAGUUUAUUAUGACAGAAGAAAAGUCCCCGAUGCCCCAGUGGAGACGCUGGUGUAUGUGGACCAAUGGUACAACCACCGCCCUCCCAUACCUGGUGCAGAUCUCCCAGAUCCAAGCUAA